AUGCACUACUGUGUGUUGAGCGCGUUUCUGCUCCUGCAUCUGGUCACGGUCGCGCUCAGCCUGUCUACCUGCAGCACGCUCGACAUGGACCAGUUCAUGCGCAAGAGGAUCGAGGCGAUCCGCGGGCAGAUCCUGAGCAAGCUGAAGCUCACCAGCCCCCCAGAAGACUACCCCGAACCCGAGGAGGUCCCCCCGGAGGUGAUCUCCAUCUACAACAGCACCAGGGACUUGCUCCAGGAGAAGGCGAGCCGGAGGGCGGCCGCCUGCGAGCGCGAGCGGAGCGACGAGGAAUACUACGCCAAGGAGGUUUACAAAAUAGACAUGCCGUCCUUCUUACCCUCGGAAAAUGCCAUCCCGCCCACUUUCUACAGACCGUACUUUAGAAUUGUCCGAUUUGACGUCUCCUCGAUGGAGAAGAAUGCUUCCAAUUUGGUGAAGGCUGAGUUCAGAGUCUUUCGUUUACAGAACCCAAAAGCCAGAGUGCCUGAACAACGGAUCGAGCUGUAUCAGAUUCUCAAAUCCAAAGAUUUAACAUCUCCAACCCAGCGCUACAUCGACAGCAAAGUUGUGAAAACCAGAGCAGAGGGCGAAUGGCUCUCCUUUGACGUCACCGAUGCUGUUCACGAAUGGCUCCACCAUAAAGACAGGAACCUGGGAUUUAAAAUAAGUUUACACUGUCCCUGCUGCACCUUUGUACCAUCGAAUAAUUACAUCAUCCCCAAUAAAAGUGAAGAACUAGAAGCACGAUUUGCAGGUAUUGAUGGCACCUCUACCUAUACCAGUGGUGAUCAGAAAACAAUAAAGUCCACUAGGAAAAAAAACAGUGGGAAGAGCCCACAUCUCCUGCUAAUGUUGUUGCCCUCCUACAGACUUGAGUCCCAACAGUCCAACCGGCGGAAGAAGCGUGCUCUGGACGCAGCCUAUUGCUUUAGAAAUGUGCAGGAUAAUUGUUGCCUACGCCCACUUUACAUUGAUUUCAAGAGGGAUCUUGGGUGGAAAUGGAUUCAUGAGCCUAAAGGGUACAAUGCCAACUUCUGUGCUGGAGCAUGCCCAUAUCUGUGGAGCUCAGACACUCAGCACAGUAGGGUUCUCAGCUUAUACAAUACCAUAAAUCCAGAAGCGUCUGCUUCCCCUUGCUGCGUGUCCCAAGAUUUAGAGCCGCUCACCAUUCUCUACUACAUUGGCAAAACACCCAAGAUCGAACAGCUUUCUAAUAUGAUUGUCAAGUCUUGCAAAUGCAGCUAAGAUUCUCGGAAAAGUGACAAGAUGAUAAUCGCACGAUGAUGAUGGUGAUGAUGGUGACAGAGGCGAUGUUUGUAACAAGAAAACACAAGAGAGCCUUGCUUCAUCAGUGUUAAAAAAAAAUUGAAAAAGCGGUACUAGUUCAAACACUUCGGAAGUUUGUGUUCUGUUUGUUAAAACUGGCAUCUGAAACGAAAAAAAAGUUGAAGGCUUUAUAUUUUACCUGCUCUGUAAGUGAGAGAGACAAGAAGCAAAACCUUUUUUUUCUUAAGAAAAAAAUAAACACUGGAAGUAUUUGUUAGUGUUAAUUAUGUGAAAGAAAAACAAACAAACAAACAAACAGGAAAAUCCCGUUUAGUGGAGUUGCUGUACAUAUGUUCUUAUCCCAUGCCUCACUUGAUUUUUCUGUAUUGCUAUGCAAUAGGUAUCUUUCCCAUUCUUACUCUUAGAGUUAACAGUGAGUUAUUUAUUGUGUGUUACUAUAUAAUGAACAUUUCAUUGCCCUUGGAAAAUAAAACAGGUGUAAAAAAAGUGGAGACCAAAUACUUUGCCAGAAACCCAUGGAUGGCUUAAGGAACUUGAACUCAAACAGGCCAGCAAAAAGAGGUCAUAUUAACAAGAUGAAAAAUGCGAGUGAGAUCUAUUAUAUGACCGAGCAAGUCUGCAUAAAGAGAAAAGACCCUGCAAAUACAUGCUCUGUACC